CUCUCACGUUUCCGUGGUCACAGUGAGGUUGGUUCGCCGUCGGCUUCCUGCUGCUGGAAAAAAAAGCGGCGUCGAGACAGACUGGGAAGACUCAACACCACCACCUCCAAUAACUACAUUGUACAAUGAAACUAUUAGCAAUAUCUCCCUCCCUCGAUAUCCGCUUCGUCACGGUUAUAUUGCUGGUGAUGGGCCUCUCUACUCCUGGACAAGCAGAGAUCACUAGUCUGGACUCAGGCAACAUUGAUGAUGUCCUAAAUAAUGCUGGGGUGGCAUUGGUGAAUUUUUACGCAGACUGGUGCAGAUUCAGUCAGAUGCUCCAUCCAAUUUUUGAGGAGGCAUCUAAUACCGUGAGGGAGGAGUUCCCUGAUACCAAGCAGGUGGUGUUUGCCCGUGUCGACUGUGACCAACAUUCGGACAUAGCCCAGCGGUAUCGCAUCACCAAAUAUCCAACACUGAAGUUGUUUCGCAAUGGGAUGAUGAUGAAGAGGGAGUACAGGGGUCAGCGGUCAGUGGCGGCCAUCGCUGACUUCAUCCGCCAGCAGCAGGUCGACCCCGUUAAAGAGAUACAGUCACUGGAGGAGGUUAAUACUGUGGAUAGGAGCAAGAGAAACAUUAUAGGUUAUUUUGAAAAAAAGGACUCAGACAACUACCACACAUAUGAAAAAGUUGCUAACAUCCUUCGAGAUGACUGCACAUUCUUGGCUGCCUUUGGUGCUGUAUCUGAGUCUGAGCGCUUCAGUGGAGAUAAUGUAAUCUACAAGCCUAUGGGCGAGAGCGUCCCUGACAUGGUCUACCUUGGCUCACUCACCAACUUCGACCUGACCUACGCUUGGGCCCAGGACAAGUGUGUGCCUCUGGUUAGGGAGAUCACCUUUGAAAAUGGAGAGGAGCUCACUGAAGAAGGAAUCCCUUUCCUCAUCUUGUUCCACGUUAAAGAAGACUCAGAGAGCUUAGAGAAGUUCCAACAUGAAGUCGCUCGCCAGCUUAUCAGCGAGAAAGGGUCUAUAAAUUUCCUGCACGCGGACUGCGAGAAAUUCCGCCAUCCUCUGCUCCAUAUUCAGAAAACUCCUGCUGACUGUCCCGUCAUUGCUAUAGACUCAUUCAGACACAUGUAUGUCUUUCCCGAUUUCAAAGACCUCACUGUUCCUGGCAAGCUGAGACAGUUUGUGUUGGACCUUCACUCCGGAAAGCUACACCGAGAGUUUCACCAUGGUCCUGACCCCACAGACAGCACGCCUGGACAGGAGGAGAAGGAAGGAGAGGUGGCCAGCAGCCCCCCAGAGAGCUCAUUCCAGAAGCUGGCGCCCAGUGAGACUCGCUACACCAUCCUCAGACGGGACCGUGAUGAGCUGUGACCUCAGCAGCCUUCCAGUGAUCCUGUGACUCAAUGCCACGCCCCGGGAUCAGGGAGGGGGUUAGUGUUGGGACAGGCCAGCGGGACAGAACAGCAACACCCAAUACCCUUAUGAAGAGAGAGAGAGAUGGAGAAGAGGAGAAUGAAGAGGAAGAAGGAGGAGGAGAAAAAGAAGAACACGAGAAGGAGCGCAGUCCACGACACAACCAUGUUGGAAUAACCUAUAUUUUCAUAACUCUGUCACGUACAGUUUUUAUUUUGGAUGAAAAGGAAGCGGGGUAAAGAAGAAAAUGUGUGUGGGCAGGGGGGUUAGGGGCAUUAGGACAUCAAGAGAAGUGUUUUUACUUUUAUUUUUCGGAGCUUGUAAAUAUAUUUGUGCUACAUGGGAGUCUCAUUGUUGGUCUAAAUUAAAUGCAGAGUUUUCUUUAUUCUAUUUUUUUUCUUUUUCAUCGCCCCUCUUUUUGUAGAAAAAAAAAACACACCCAGAACAGUUCCCUCACUUCAGGUGUACUGUUCUUAUCUGUGGGUAGUCCAGUUCAGCCUCAGCCUGCCUGAUAGGAGACGCUCGUUUCGUCUCACCGACCUCAUGGCUGCAUCUCAAUAUGACCAAUUCUAGUCUAAUUCAUUUGUAUAGCACAAGAUAUAACAAUAUGCCUGUUUGAAGUAGCUUUAUCUCCAUAUCUUCUCCACACACACUCUGAGUACUGAAGGAAUAGAAAAAUACUUUAGUGGGGGUAACAUUUCAAACCCUGACUUGAAACAGAAGGUAAAGAGACAGAGCUACUCCAGCCUAUUGAGAUGCAUCCCUUCUCUCCCUGCUUCUAAAUGGUUCAAGAUUAUGAUGUCUCUCACAGUGCUUAUAAAAAGUAUUGCCCCCUUGCUCUUUUUUGUGUUACUGUUUUACAACACUGAAUCACAGUGGAUAUAAUUAGGAUUAUUAUUUUUUUCUCCCCCAACAAUCAAGAGAAAAUAUUGUAAUGAUGAAGUGGCUGUUGUACUCAGUUAUGUAUUUCAGUAUCAGCCCGACAGUGCACAAGACCAAAAACACAGCAUCCCCAUCAUGAAGCCUGGUGGUGGCAGCAUCAUGCUGCGUGGAGGCUUCUCAGCAGCAGGCCAUGUGAUGUUUGUGAUGAUGGAAGAGAUCCUGUUGAAAGCAUGUAGCUAUUGAUGUAUGUUUUUCAUAAAGUAAAAUCUACACAUGAAUAGCUGAAACGCAACCAUGUGAAUGUCCUGGAUUAGGUGACCAGACCUCAGUAUAAUCCAGAAUUUGUGUCAGGAUUUUAUUGUUCCAGUUCAGUCCAAGUAUGAGCAUGGAACUGAAGUAACUUGAAAGAAGUGAAUUAGAGUCCAGAUGUGUAAAAGCUGUUGCACGCCUGUUGAAGCAGUCCUAAGGUUGUAACUGCUGCCAAAGGUGCCUCUAUUGAGUAUGGUCUUGAAGGACAUGAAUACGUAUGCAAUCAAAAAACAAAAAAAACAACCUGUUAAUUUUGGUUCCUAAGACCAGUCUGCAUAAGUAUGAUUUGUUUUUUCUGUUCCAUGUAUAAAAUUCGUUUAUCUCCUCUAACGUAAAACAGUAAAACAUUAAAAGUGGGCUGGAUACCUUUUAAAGGCACAGUUUUUGUUAUAACACCUCUGAAUUGUGUUCCUGGGAACCAAAUAAGAGGAAAAAGUAAGGACUUAUAAUGGCGUACUUUAACAUGACAGUGGAAUUUAUGAAAUAGCUGUUGUUUUUGCGGUUACCCGUUGUCAAAUUUGUCAUCACACUGGGGGAGAAAAGCCUGCGUCCUUCCCGGUAUUUAAAAAAAAAAAGCAGAGAGACAAGAGGGGAAAAUCCAUAUGAUGUACGCUGAAAAUUUACAG